AUGACAUUCUCACAUAAUUUGAAUUCAUUUAGCUCUAAUUCGUUCAUUAACGAGUUUAUAGAUCAACCACCUUUUAAAAGUUUCAAAGAUUUGUUAAAGGUAUCUCCAUAUUUUUUGCUCAACGGAGAACAAAUCAGGCCUCUUCAAGAACCACAUGAGUUUUACGAAGAACUUAAGGCUCAAAUUCGUGCUGCUAAAUUUCGAAUCGUUUUGGCGGCGUUGUACAUCGGCCACAGUGAGAAGGAAUUGGUUGAUACAUUAAAAAUAGCUGUAAAACAAUCCAAGCAAUUGAAAGUUCAUAUCUUACUUGAUUGUAUGCGAGCUACGCGUAUUGGUCAAACAUCUUUAGAUAAAAGUCCUGCAUGUCUUCUCUUACCACUUGUAAAAGAGUUUCCGGAUCAAGUGACGGUAUCUUUAUAUCACACUCCCGAUCUGACAGGAAUUUUGAAACAAUUCCUUCCUCCUAGAUUUAAUGAAGGAAUUGGAUUGAUGCAUAUUAAAUCUUUUAUCUUUGAUCACAAUCUCAUGCUAAGUGGUGCCAAUUUGAACCAUGAUUAUUUUAUCAAUAGGCAGGAUAGAUACAUGUUAUUUGAAAGAACAUUAUCUCUGACAAGCUAUUUUGCGGAUCUUGUAGAGACAAUUGCAUCUUUUUCAUACACUUUGAAACCAACUAAACUCAUAGAUGAAGAUUCCUAUAAGUUAGUUUUAACAAAUCAACCAGAUCCUGUAACGCAAAGCACUUUAUUUAGGAAAAGUUCUUCUCUCAUCAUGAAAAAUUUUAUCAAGAAAUGGAUGAGACGUUGUAUCGAACAAAUAAACAAUACCAAUUCUUUACAGAAGUUUGACACGGUUAUCUUUCCAGUUAUACAGAUGUGUCCUUUAUCUAUUAGACAAGAUGAACUUGCAACAUUAACCGUUUUGGAUGCAAUUUCAAGGCAAGGAAUCAAGAAUAAUGUUAGUGAAGAUAUGUUUUGGAAAGUAUUUUUUACGUCUGGAUAUUUUAAUUUUACUCAAAAAUAUAAAGAGAAAAUUUUAAAUGCUAUGGCAAAAUUUCAGUUAUUAUCUGCUUCACCAGAGGCAAAUGGAUUUUUUUCCUCUAAAGGCAUUUCAAAGCAUCUUCCACAAGCUUAUACGUUGAUAGAAAAGCAAUUCUUUUCGGACAUAUGUCGUCACGGAAAAGAACAUCUAAUUAAAAUUCAAGAAUAUAAAAGACCAGGAUGGACUUUUCAUGCCAAGGGUUUAUGGUGUUAUAUUCAUGGAGAAUCGUGGCCAAGCUUAACUAUAAUUGGAUCUUCUAAUUAUGGAUAUCGAUCAACUGAAAGAGAUCUUGAAGCACAAGCAAUCUUGAUAACAAAUAAUAUACAAUUGAGGAAAAAAAUUCACGAGGAGUUGGAACAUAUAUCUGAAUAUACCGAAGAAGUAACAAAAGAGACCUUUCAGAAAAGUAAUAGGAAGGUUCCGUACCUUGUUAGGGUUGCAACUAGAUUAAUUAAAACAAUGUUAUAA